AUGAUGAGAAAUACAUCAUUAACUACAUUCAUACUUCUGGGACUGUCAGAUAGUCCUCAAAUGAAGGUUCUUAUUUUUAUAUUUAUGUUUGUCACCUACACAUUGAGUUUAACUGGGAACCUGACUAUCAUUGUGCUCACUUUAGUGGAUUCCCACCUUAAAACUGCCAUGUACUUUUUCCUCCAAAACUUCUCCUUUUUGGAAAUUGCGUUUACCACAGUCUGUAUUCCCAGAUUUCUAUAUAGCUUAUUAACUGGGGACAAAACUAUUACCAAGGAUGCUUGUUGGGCUCAACUAUUUUUUGUCAUCUUCUUUGGAGCUACAGAAUUUUUUCUCCUGGCCAUCAUGUCCUAUGACCGCUAUGUGGCCAUCUGCAAACCCCUGCAUUAUAUGAACAUCAUGAACAGCAGAGUCUGUGGAAGGCUGGUUCUCUGCUGUUGGGUGGCAGGUUUGUUGAUUAUUCUCCCACCACUUCUUUUGGGCCUAAACCUGGAAUUCUGUAACUAUAAUGUCAUUGAUCAUUUUCUCUGUGAUGCUUCUCCUAUGCUGAAGAUCUCUUGCUCAGACACCUGGUUCUUGGAGCAGAUGGCUAUAGCCCUUGCUGUGUUGACAACCAUCAUGACCCUUGUGUGUGUAGUUCUGUCCUACAUAUAUAUCUUCAAGACCAUCAUAAAGUUUCCUUCCUCCCAGCAAAGGAUAAAGGCAUUUUCUACCUGCUCUUCCCACAUGAUUGUGGUUUCUAUGACCUAUGGUGGUUGCAUCUUCAUCUAUAUCAAGCCUUCAGCAAAGGAUGAAGUGGCAAUUAAUAAGGGGGUGUCAAUCCUUACUACAUCAGUUGCCCCCAUGUUAAACCCUUUUAUUUAUACCCUGAGGAACAAGCAAGUGAAACAAGCUUUAAGAGACUUAAUCAAAAGAAUUUCAUUUAUCUCAAAGAGGUAA